GUUAUUCUUUGUUUGUUAUUUUUAUUACAAUCUUGUUUAAUCUACUUUGGUAAGAAGAUAGAUCUCACUUAAACACACAUGAUUACAUUAAUAUCACAACUGUGCAUGGUCUUCUUAAUUUAUCACAAGAAUUAUGAGUCAUGACAGACAAGACACCUACUAAUCUUAUUCUAUAAUUAAUAAUAUACAUACUAGCAUGCUUAUAUAUAUAUAUAUAUACUCUUUCUACCAUAAAACUCUUUCGUUGAAGAUGAGAUUAUUGACUUAUAUGCGAGCAAAUUAGUUGUCAUGUGAAUGCCAAUGGUUCCAAUCUUACCAAUAAUGUCAGUAUUAUAUUUAGGGGUGCUAUUAUCCUAAAAAACUGUGUUAUGCAACAACGCACAUCUCUAUCAUAUAAUUAUUUUUAAUUAGUAGUGUUCUUUUGUGUGAACAUUGACUUCAAAAACACCCAAAUCAUGAUUCUCACUUUCUCGAAGAUAUAAAACACAUGUAGAUCAUUUUAUAAUGAACAUAUUAGGCCUUUAAUUUGUUAAAGGCGAGCCAGUCUGCGUCAAUAGUGGUGUUUGUUUAUUACGACUUAGUAGCUAAACCAACUUCCUCGUCAAUGAAUGCCUCCAUUUUCCAUUCAUUUCUAUUAUUCUUCUCAACUUAUAAACUUUUUAUUUAGUUACUUUUUCUUCGCUAAAGAUUCAUCAAAACCUAGACUUUUUUGAGCAAAUUUCAUAGCUAAAAUUGACAUCAAGAACACGAUCCGAGGAUGUCAAACGUCAAGAACAUAAUGUGUACAACCUUAACAAGGUCAAUGCCAGCAAUUGCGUUCUUCGGUAGAAUGGCAUUUGCCCUUGUCUUUGUCAUCUCUGCCAUCCAAGACUAUGCUGAUCAUUUUGGUGGCGGUGGCGGGCCGCUAGAGAAGACGGUGGGACCAGCAGUAAAUGUGAUGACCAAAUAUGGCUCUAAGGUUCUGACGUUUUACACGGGAAUGCAAGUGGUCGCAUUCGAUGUUAGACUUUUAGAGUUUUCACUCAUAACCGCAAAGGGAACUGCAGCUUUGUGGUUCAUCUUUGGACAAUCUACGCCUGCUUACUUCUUGCUCGCAACACAAAUGCUCUCAACUGUUAUCCCUUUCCCUACAAACUUGAACGACUUCACUCAGAACUUGACGUUAAUGGGUGCGUUGCUCUAUUACAUUGGAUUAAAACAUAGUAUCGACAACCUCGAGGAGGGAGAGAAGAGCAAGGAGAAGGAGAAAGAAGAUGACAAGCCCUCCACUUCCAAAUCCAAAGGAAACUAAAAUGUGAAUUCACAAACUCAUUUGCUUUGUUUCGGUAGUUGUUAUUGCCUCUCUCUUUGGUUUCGUCAUUGGCUCUCCUUUUCGCCCCCCGAGCGCCUUGUUGAAUAUGUAUUUUGCCUUCUUUUUUGGUUAAUCACUCUUUGAUAUCAGUUUUCGAUCGAAUGCUUUGUCUUUUGUUAUGUUUCCUGGUUCCUAUAUUGGAUUGUUCAGCUAUGAAAC